ACUGUGGCGGCGGCGGCUGCAGGAGGCGGAGGAGCGGGAUCCGGGGCGCGCUGUCCCCCCGCAGCCUCAUCGCUGGGCCCCGCCGGCGCUCCCCAUGCCCGUGUGGUGCUGCCGCUGCUCCCUGGCCAGUCACUUCAGAACGUACAGCAGCACUGAAACCGAGGGACAGCUUUUGAAUUCCUUUGUCCAGUAUUUUGGUGACAGCCUUGGGAGGAAGAUUAAAAGAAUGCCUUUAAUUGAAGAAACUGUUCUGCCUGGAGACUCCCUCCUUACUCUGCCUGUAGUAAUAAUAGGAAAUGGACCUUCAGGAAUUUGUCUUUCUUACCUGCUCUCUGGAUACAGGCCAUAUUUGUCUCCUGAAGCUAUACACCCAAACCCCAUUCUACAUACGAAAUUAGAAGAAGCUCGACAUCUUUCCAUUGUUGAUCAAGAUCUGGAGUACCUGUCAGAAGGCCUCGAAGGACGCUCCUCAAACCCGGUUGCAGUACUUUUUGAUACGUUGCUUCACCCCGAUGCUGACUUUGGGUAUGACUACCCGCCUGUUCUGCACUGGAAGCUGGAACAACAUAAUUAUAUUCCCCAUAUAGUGCUUGGUAAAGGACCACCUGGUGGGGCUUGGCAUUCCAUGGAGGGCUCUAUGCUAACCAUCAGUUUUGGAGACUGGAUGGAAUUGCCUGGCCUCAGCUUUAAGGAGUGGGCAGCUAGCAAACGCAGAAAUAUAAAGAGUGAUCGAGUAAUGCCAGAGGAAAUAGCUUGUUAUUAUAAACACUAUGUUAAAGUCAUGGGCCUCCAAAAGAAUUUCAGAGACAACGUUUACAUAACAUCAGUGUCCAGACUUUACCGAGGAAAGGAGGAUGAAGAUAGAAGUCAGCGAAAUGAAGAUAUUUCAACACAGCAUUUGGAAAUGGAAGACGGACAGAAAUCACUUAUUAAGAGAAACUGGGAAGUCAGAGGUUAUCAGCGAGCAACAGAUGGUUCUCAUGUGCCCUUCUGCCUCUUUGCUGAGAAUGUGGCUCUUGCCACAGGAACCUUUGAUUCUCCUGGCCGAUUACAAGUUGAAGGAGAAGACUUUCCUUUUGUCCUCCAUUCCAUGUCUGACUUCGGAGCUGCAAUCAGCAAAGGAAAGUUACGUGGGAAGGCAGACCCUGUGUUAAUUGUGGGUGCUGGACUUACAGCAGCUGAUGCAGUACUCUGUGCCUGUAACAACAACAUCCCAGUAAUCCACGUGUUUCGUAGAAGAGUUACUGAUACAAGCCUAAUUUUCAAACAGUUACCUAAAAAGCUUUACCCUGAAUACCAUAAGGUGUAUCAUAUGAUGUGUACUCAGUCCCAUACUGUGGACUCUAAUCAACAUUCUGCUUACACUAGUUUCCCUGAACACAACGUACUUUCCUUCAAGCCUGAAAUGAAAUGUGUUCUUCAGAGUGCCUCUGGACUGAAGAAAAUUUUGAAGUUUUCUGUAGCCUUAGUUCUGAUAGGUUCUCACCCAAAUCUUUUCUUUCUAAAGGACCAAGGACAUAGCAUAGGUCGUCACUCUAAUCAGCCCAUCACAUGCAAGGGGAAUCCUAUAGAGAUUGAUCCAUACACUUAUGAAUGCACUAAAGAAGCCAACCUCUUUGCUCUAGGUCCUCUGGUGGGAGACAACUUUGUACGGUUUUUAAAAGGAGGUGCGCUGGGCAUUGCACGAUGCCUGGCAAUAAGACAAAAGAAGAAACAUGAAUUGAUUGAAAGUGGGGAUGGAGGAGGUGAUGGGGUACCAUAAAUGAGACAUUAGAAAUUUUCACAUCCAGGAUUACAGGUGUAGUCUAACAGAACAGUCACUGGCAGCGAAAGUUGAUAGCAGUCACAUUUCUGUCGUGUACAAGUAACCUGCGCUUGUAUUGCUUGGUAAAAGGAUGCUGAUACUACAAUACUUCACCCUUUCAAAAUAGAAAAACUUGAUCUGCUAUUUCAACUUAUUUCAACUGGAAUUACUUCCAGAUAAACAGAAAAUGAGACUAGACUAACUUAUAUUGACCUGCCUGUCAUCUCCUGCUCAGCUACAAGAGCAGAUUUCCUUGGGAAAAGCAAUGCCUACCAGAGUGGCUUUAUAUUUUAGUGUCCAAUGUGACAAAAGCACUCUUACCAUGAAAUUAAAGUAACUUCUAAAAGCAGAAAGCUUGCUUAGUACAAGGUGAUUCGUGGUCCCAAAGCAAAUUUGGAGCCUUCUGCUCGAAACAAGGAUUCUAUUUAUUUGCUACAGUAAUACUUGGAAUGAGCACUUAGUAAAAUGGUUUCUAUUGUAAGAACGCUUUCUGUAAGCAAGUAUUCCUCAAUAGUUUUAAGUUAUCCUGAUAAUUGGAAAAAAAGAAUAAGCAUUCCCAUUUAAUCUUUAACAAUGAUUUGACACAAUCCAUUAAUGUUUCUUCACACUAUGCCUAGAGUUGGUGAGUGCACAAAGACUACCAUGACAUGUUCCCCUACAGUGAUAUGUACAUUUCUGAGAAUACGCAUUAACAUAAACAGUAAUAAAGUACUGAUGUAAGUGCUCUUAUUACAGUGUCAAUAUAGUGAAUAUCUAGUGUACUAUCAAGAGUUAAGUACAUGAGAAAACUAAAGAUUUUUUUGCUUCCUAGCUCAGGAAGACUGAAGGGGAUCACUUGGCUGAUGAAGGUGGGCUGGGUGAUAGAUAUUCUCAUCUCCUGUUUGACCAAGGAUUGUUUUUUUCUCUUUCUUUUUUUAUAAAGCAGCACAUAAUUGUAACAUAUUUUAUCCUGCAGUUUUUGAAACUUAAAAAAGGGUCAUUAUCUCACAGCCAGCGAAAAAAUAAACCAAACUCAAAACAAACGUGCCAUAGUUUCUUUAAAUCUUAGAGCUUGUCAUGAAAGACAAAGGCAACUUGCACCUACCUCUGAAUCCAAGUUUCACCCUUCUGCUCCAUUACGUAAGACCUAGAUUUCAUUUACUGGGUUUUAGAGUAUUUAGUUUAUCUAAACACACUCAACCAUAGUGAGGUUAAUCAACAGCUAGUUAGAAAAGUGAACUUCCAGAACUCUCAAUAGACAAAAGUGCUUGGGUUCAACUGAUUUAUUACUAAACCUUUUAAUUCGGGUCCAAUGUGAUGGAAUAGAUGUUUUUUUGUUUGGAGCUUUUUUUGUGUUAAAGAAUGUCAUGUUAGUUUAAGGUAUUGUGUUUGCAUGAUUAAAAAUCUUCAUAUUAGAGCCUAGACAGAUUUAAGAAAGGAAAUAAGGCUUAGGCUUUGUGAAACUGCUAGUGCUUGCUGGUUUCCCAGCUGUCUUAAUUUUCAUAAGUUAUAUAUACCUGUAUUCAAUUCAUGCCUGCUUUCUGUGCCUGCUGAAUUAGAGUUCUGUGGCUACUGCAGGCCCUUACACAUUUGAGUAAGUUGCUCAGACUUUGGACAUAGAAAUUGAAGGUACAGUAUGUAAGGAUUAAAAUUACUUAUUUUCAGUGAAGUCCAAAGCAAUUUAUGACAUGAUACUACUACUAAUAAUUUAAGAGCCACUUAAUAGCAUUAAAAUAAACACAAACAAAGGAACAUUUCCAUCAAUUUCUGCAUUGCCCACAUGGUUGACUUUAAUCAUACGUUGUUGAUACUAGUUAUGAAAAUUUUUUUUACUGAUAUUUGAGCUGGUUUUAAUUAUGCUAAAUUCUAGGCUUAAUCAAUUACUCAAUUCUAGGCUUAUCUCAAGUCAAUUGAGAUUCUAUAAUUUGCCUUCUUUGGCAGAAACUGUAUAUAUAGAAACCUAUUCUAAACCUGUGAUAUCUAAUAAUUUUAACUGAGAAUUGGUUACAAGUGCAAAGUACUUGAUUAUAGAACUUAUUGGGACUACACCUACACUGUGAUUAAAUUCCUUCAGUUUUGUGUCAAUAUAAAUAUCCAAAUACAACAUACUGUGACAUUACUGCUUUUUCAUUUGUCAUGAGAUGUGUAAAAUGCCACCAAAACAAAGGAAGAAUUUACUUAAAGAAUUAUUUUGCAAAAAGGGGAAGAAAGCUUCAAACAGCUGGAUUUCUAGCUGCAGCUGCGAACAAGCUGUGUGUGUUGUAGUGGCAAAUUUGUAGCAGAGAUCUGUGACCUGUGACUUCUUAUUACAGAUUAUUAUCUUUCACUGCAGUCUUAUGGCACCUUGAGGUUUAAUUGCCUUUUUCUUUUUAUCAAUCUUAGUAUUUUUGAGAUAAAAAGUUGCAUGUGAGACUGCUUAGGUGGACAGAGAAAUUUUCUCAGUGUUAAUGUUUAUUAAGCCGUUAUAAAGAUACUUUUUUCAACCAAAGCUUUACCAAAAGAUCAUCCUCUUUCUUCUAGGAAUUGCUAGAUUUAAAAUUGUAGCCAGACUUUCUCACUUUUGUAUUUCUUAUUUUGAGAAAAAUUUGUGUCUCUCUCCUCUUUGGUAUUUUGAGGGACUAAGAGAUGCAAAAAUUCAAGCUUUGCCUUAAGAUAGUUUUACCUAAAGCGCUGCAUUUAUUGUGAAUUAGAUGUUGGCACUGAGUUGUUGUCUUUUGGGGAAACACCUUGUUUCUCCGAUUUAAAAAAAACACCACAAACAUUUGAACUUCUGUGUUUUAAUAGUUCCCAGAAGGGAGAUUGCUUCUUUCAGUUCUUCUUUCAGUGAGAAAGAUAAGCUUUUAAACAUCCUGGAUUUUAAAAGGAUGCUUCCUACUUAAGCUUUAUUAAUAAAAUACAGACAGGAAGAAUAUAAUUUAAUUUGAAUUUAGAGAAUUUGUGAAGCUGUCUUAACCCAUACUGUGUAUUUGCUAGUAGGUUAGUGGAAAAACAUCUCUUACAUUUGGAUUUGGUUCUUAAUGCUAUGACUGUGUUUGAGAGUUAAAUUAUUGCUAAGAUUAUUUUAAGUAGUAUCCAGCUGUUGAACUGGGACUAAGAUUUGUCAUAGUAGAUUUCCUUAACAGAGGAAAGCUAAGUUUAACUCGGAUGAGUAAACGCAGAAAUCCUUUUUGCAAGUAAUCCAGAGAGUGGUGACAAUAACACCAGAAUUUUUCUCUCAGGAAAAUGCAUUGCUUUGGACUAGCAGCCUGGGCUUGCCAGUGAAUGCAUGGAAUGUGUAUGGCUGUACACCGAGUAAGGGACACCAAAGUGCAUCCCACAGCUCUAGGUCCCUAGUCGGUCCCUAGUCCUCAGCACUUUUGUUGGAGGAGGUGGCUGUAACUUCUUUCUCUCGCAGCUCAAGAACUGUGAAAAGGUUAGAGCUAGAAAUGCAGAGUACUUACUCAAAGCUGGAGGAUUAAGACCCAAACUUAAGAGGUAAGCCCGAGCUGCAUAUCCAGUUGAAAGAAAAGGCCAUUUUUAGGCCAGCUGCUCUUGGGAAAGAAUGAAAGGGUGUAAAAUUUGCAAACUGCUAGUGAGUAUUCACUGAUGACGAGAAUGACGAGUGAGGAAUGAUGGGAGGAAAGCUGCAAAGAACCUGUGCAAUCUGAACUGCAGACAGAGGGGUGCUGAAGUGUGUCCACACAGCUUUGACAGGCUGGUGGUGUCCCAUCCAUUUGGGUGAGGAUCUGUGUACUGUGACUGCGGAGCUCUGCACCGCAGCUGGUCAUCCUACAUGUUGCCAUAUGUGUUUAACUGGCUAUUAACUGAAGUGCACUGAAAUGCAACAUACAGACUGGAAGCAAUUGUAUUUGCUCACUGAGCUGUAGGACUGAUCAGUAAGGUGGUGUGCCAAGAGAUAAGGCUUUGUUGCUCUGCAACUGUAUUUUCUACCCUCUGAGAAAGCAAGCAGGUAUCUUCAUGUAAUAACAGGAUCUGGGGCUGUACGGUGCUCCCAAACAUUUCUAAGCAGCAAGAGGUAAUACACAUAUGCCUUAAACUCGAUUUCAUUAUUGUUUAUGUAGUAAUGAUUAAUUCUAAGUAAGUUAUGGAACAAAAAAAUGGAACAAAAAAAUGGAACAAAAAAAGGUUUAUACUGUUAUAUUUUAAUUUAGAGUAUAUUUAGAGUCUUACAAUAAUAAUGUUCUGUCAUCAUUUUCCAUUCUUAUUUUAAGGUGAGAGCAAGUUGGGAGCACUCAACUGAUGUGAGAGCUUUUUGUACUUCCACCAUUUCCCCUUGCCCAACCUGAAAAAAAAGUCAUGCUUUGUUUGAAAUAACCAUAAUAGUUGAUUCUGUUUAGCAGAAACAAUGGAAAUUAAAACAUCUUUGACAGAGAAAGGAAGGCUUUGGUGUCAUUAGGGGUAAAAUUUUGAAGUGAGAAUGUUGAAUUAUAAACAGCUCUUUUUCUGCAAAAGUGUGUAUUUUGGGGAAUAUGUUACACUUAGGUGUUUCACUUAAUUUCUGAAGCCUGAAUUACACAGGGAAUUGUGCAGUCAAGGAUGAAUUUGGUGUAAGGAACAAGGAUUAUGGGGAGAAAAUAAUUUAUAGUAUAAUUUAGUCACAGUGAAGCUAAGCACUGUUGUAGAGAUAGCUUUGUCUUUGUAGACACUGGAACAUUUAAUCUCAAGCAAACCUUGAACUUGAGUUCACAUUAUACCUGUCUGCAUAUUAGCUCAUUUUAUAAUGAAUGAUUUUGUAUUUUCAGGGCAUAAUAAGCCAACUCCUAAAACUUAGUGGUCCUCAGUAGUCAUCAAAACCAGGAAAUUACUUGUUCUGGAGACUACAUUAUUCUAAUUUGCACUUUCCUCUCCCAUCUCUUUAUUCUGAGAUCACUGGCAAUGUGUAAGUACCAGCCUAUGCUGCCUACAGUGGAUGCUUCAAUGAACUAAAAUUCAGCUUCAUGUUUCUGGACACCCUCUCUAGACUUACAUGCCAGCAUAAAGAAAAUUAAAAGCUAGGUUUGGUAUAUAUUCACAGAAUAUUACAGCAUCCUGGCAUUUUUAGGUUCUUUUUUAACUAGGUACAUAGAGAAAAAAAAUAGUUGUCCACAAAGACUAAGCUAGAGACAAGAUGAAAGAGGUUUGAUACAGUUCCAAGGGAUACUCUGAGGAGAGGGAAAUGGUUCAUUUUUCACCAGUUUGGAUGCUAGACCAGCUUCUAUGUGAACAUCGGGUUAUUGCUGUUCAUGAACUGAUCCUGCUACCUUACAUCUCCCUGGCACAAUUUACAAAGUUAAUACCCUGAUCUUGCCUGUUUCUCUGUUAAUCCUGGUAUGGUGGUUGUGGAAUUCCAGUUCUAAAUUAGAUAAAGGCUUAUAUUCAUUUACCUAUAUGCAUGUUCACAGACAACACAUCUGAGCUUGGAAAUACUAUGUAAAAGUCACUUCUGUGUGUGUCAGUGCUUCAGUUUUCUGCUUUUGCUGGAGUGUGCUUGGGUUAUACUAUUUUAUUUUUUCUAAGAUGAGCAAUGUAAAUGUGUACAGAACUUUUGCUGUCAGCAGCAAGCAACUUGUGAGCAAAAUCUCAGCUUUGAUUAGACAACAAACAUUCCUGAGGUUUGCAUGCCAAGCUUGUUUUAUCUUCAUGUGUGAAAACUGAUGGUGGACUGAACGUGCGAAAUAUUAAAACAGUUUCACCUAGAAGUCAAUUAUUUUGGUUUUGAGAAGUGGGGAACUAGUAAGUCAAAGGAAAGAACAAACUGGGGAGGAAGAGAUUCAUAAAGCUGCAAUGUUCAGGAAGAGGGAGAAGGCAUUGGUUUGCAUGGACCUGCUGCUGUAGCCAAUGACAGAGAUUCCAGCAGUCAAGGUUGUGGCAGAGUGGUAUGGGCAGAGCGCUAAAGUGGCAGGGAAAGUUGCUAGUUAGGGAGAUCUGAUAUUGUGUAGCAUUUUUUGUAACUAUCUCACUGGAAUGUGGUGAUGGCUGUCAAAGAUUUUAAGAGGAAGAGGAGGAAUAAUAGUAAGGAAUAUGGUUCAUGUUUUACCACACUUGGCUUGAGUUCUAAGGAGAUACCAGAACAACCAGAACACAAUCGGAAUUUGUGAAUGAAAAACCAGGUGGGGCCAAAUGUGACUAAGGAUCAAUACAAGAAAUGGAACAGAGCAGGUGAAGAAGGUGAAAAACUCCCUCCAGUUUUAUGAGAGAGGGAGAAAAACAGGAAAAAUAAGGACUGAGAAAUCACUUGUAUAAUAUGGACUGGAGAGAGGUGGGAGAGGGUUGGAGGUAGGUCUAUAGCAGAACCUUCAGCUACUGUCUCAGGAAUUAACGGGGGGCCUAGCACUUUAGAGGAAGUUGAUGGGGUGGUCAGUGGAUGGAAGAAACUGAAGCAAACACAUUCCACAUAUGGGAACUGGUGCAAUGAUCCACAAGAGGCCAGCCCUGCUGCACCAGCCCCGCUGUGGGGACUACAGGUAGGAGAAAAAAGGGCAGACACAGAUAUGAAUGGACAGAAAUAGAAAUCAAACUUCAACAGUGAGAAUAAUACUGUGGUAGUCUUGCCAUAAAAAGGCAGUGGCUUCCCCAGCUGAUGUGGGAAAGACGGGAAGUCAGCUGAAACUACUAUGAAUAAGCUGAAAAUUAAGCAUGUUAUUCCUGCAGGGAUACAGCACCUAUGCUUGGUUUUAGUGGUAAAUGGAGUAAUUCAAUCUGCUUUAAACUGUUUUCAUCAGCUAAGCUGCUGAAUGCAAGACUGUAUUUUAAGAGCCUUGCUAAUAAAAAGUACAUUUAGUUUA